AUGGCUCUGGUGAAGGAAUUCAGAAAGAAAGAAUAGGACAUCACAACAGUGUCUGAUCUGAGAGAGAAGCUGGGAGAGGGAUCCAUUUCUGAGGUGCGGGUGGCUCAGCACUGCCGUACCCUGAGACUUGUAGCUGUCAAGUGUAUCCGCAAGAGGGUGCUAAAAGGAAAAGAGGGCAUGUUGGAGAAUGAGAUUGCAGCGCUCCGUAGAAUCAACCAUCCCAACAUGGUGGCAAUGGAGGAGACCUUUGAGACAUCGUCAACACUUUCUCUUAUGACUCUGCUGUUUACAGGAGGCAAAUGUCUGGACCGUAUUCUGGAGAGGGGGAGCUACACAGAAGAUGCCAGCCCUGUCCUACUGCAGGUUCUGGAAACAGUCCAAUAACUCCACCAGCUGGGUAUCGUGCACAGGGACCAGAAUCCUGAGAACUUACUAUAUCAGACUUCGUCUAUAGAUUCCAAGAUUGUCAGUGACUUUGGCCUGUCCAAGUUGGAAGAGCAUGUGCUCACCACAGCAUGUGGACCCCCUGCUUAUGUGGCCCCAUAGCUUCUGCAGCAGAAAUUUUAUGACAAAGAGGUGGACCUAUGGGGGAGAUCACCUACAGUUGAAGUCGAAAAUGUCAUUGUGAGCUGA